AUGAAGUCUCCAAUCCCCGACUAUCUUCGGCAGGUGGUAGAAAAUGCGCGCCCAGCCGACUCCGGCGAGGUUGCCGGCUACAUCGAAGUUCUGGCCAAAGCGGAUGCCUCCAAAAUGGCUGUGGCACUCGCGACGGUAGAUGGGAAGAUGUACUCGGCUGGAGACGACGAAGUGGAAUUUUCUAUCCAAUCCAUUUCCAAAGCCUUUGUUUAUGCACUGGCAAUUCAAGAUACGGGGUUGCCACAGGUCUUGGAAAAAGUUGGCGUUGAACCAUCUGGCGAUGCGUUCAACAAACUGUCGCUGCAACGCAGCACCAAUCGGCCUAUGAACCCCAUGAUCAAUGCUGGUGCUAUCGCCACGCACUCGCUGAUCGUGGGACCGAAUGCUACGGCGGAGCAAAGAGUUGAUCGUAUAUUAAAGGCAUUGUCCCGACUGGCAGGCCGGCAGUUGCGAGUGGACGAAGCCGUCUACGAGGCCGAGCUCAAGGACGCCAACCGCAAUAUGGGUCUAGGUUACAUGCUCAAAGCAGCAGGUAUCAUAGAUGGUGAUCCACAGGAAGCCGUGCGCGGCUAUAUCCGCCAAUGCUCCAUCAACGUCAACGUACGCGACCUGGCCAUGAUGGCAUCAACCCUGUGCAAUGCCGGUGUACACCCGGUCUCCGGAGAGGGGAUCAUCCCGCACCAGAGCGUCCGCCAAGUCCUGUCCGUCAUGACCACCUGUGGCAUGUACGAUGCCGCUGGGGACUGGGUCUCCAACAUUGGCAUACCCGCAAAGAGUGGUGUAGCUGGCGGUAUCAUCGGCGCCCUUCCUGGCCAAGUUGGCAUUGCUGUCUUUUCACCCAAACUGGACGAACGCGGCAACAGUGUACGAGGCGUCAUCAUGUGCGAGAAGCUCUCAUCCGACAUGGGCCUGCACAUGAUGGAUAUCAGUCAGGUUGCUAGAGCCACCGUGCGUACUUCGGCCAUGACCAUUACGGGCUGUGCCGAUCAACCCCACGAAUACGUACAGGAGGUGCCUAUCUUUGAUCUACGCGGCGCAGUCCGUUUCGCGGGCGCAGAACGUCUUACCCGUGCUAUUGUGCAUGAGUUCUCCUCCUCGGAUACUGAGGACCCCGGCUCGGGACGCUAUACGAACGCUCGCGCGGUUAUUUUAUCGUUCAGAGACGCCUAUUCUCUCAGCGAUGUUGCCCAGCGAAUCAUACUUGAGAACAUUCGUCGCCUACGGGCGGCAGGUAGAAAUCUGGUGGUGGUCGAUCCUACCAGGGUCCUCAAGCUGCAUGGGGAUCAUGUACCCGAAGACAAUGCCCUGCGUGUGGUCAGAGACCUAGCUGAGGCACGUCGCUACAUUGGGGGUACGGGCUGCCGGGCUGUAUCUUAUAGUGAUAGUUGGUGA